AGACAACUUUUUUUUUUUAUUAUUGCGGUAAAACGGAUUGGCAUAGCCGGCAGAGCUAGGAUAGAAUAAUUGCAUUCCAUUAAUUCCUUUACUACAGAGCUAUAUGAUUAUUCGUACUUAUUAUUUAUCACUCUGACUAGUAAGAUGUUCCAUUGUUGUUGUGCUGUUCACCAAUCAUCAUACCCCCAGCUCUGCCAGAUUUUAGUCUGCUUGUUCAGUUCAUUCUGCCUUUCAUUUAAAGUAUACUAGGAUGCUCAUUCUGAUCCUCAACAAUUUUCAUCGGAGACUCCAGGUUACGGCCCAUAAUGGAUUGUUCUGUUGUCAGAAUGGACAGCGACUACAGUUAAAGUUACCUUAUUCCUAUUGUAAUAUGACUAACAGGGCAUUGCUUCCAGUGAGUGUUCAAAAGAAAUUUCUUUGUGUGAAGUCUGAGGUUAUGGUUCUUCAGUAUUGUUACAUACAAUCAACUUACACCAAAUGGGAUAAUGAUCCACUCAAGCCUUCUUCGAUGGUUGAAGAAUCAGUACUGGCCCUCAAAAAUGAUCUGAAGAUAAAGGAAGAAACAAAAACAGCUGAUACUCAGCAGCAAUCCUUAACAGCUGUAGUACGGAACCCUUCCAUAGGAAAAAGGAUUGUGAAUGAAGUAAAACAUUAUUAUCAUGGAUUUCGGCUUCUGUUCAUUGAUAUCAAGAUCUCAUGGAAAUUUCUUUGGCGUCUAGUGAAAGGUGAUUCGCUUACACGAAGGGAGAAGAAACAACUUGUCAGAACAUCAGCGGACGUUUUUCGACUUGUGCCUUUCUCUGUCUUCGUUAUAGUUCCCUUUAUGGAAUUUACUCUUCCUAUCUUCCUGAAGCUUUUCCCAAAUAUGCUGCCAUCAACCUUUCAAACCGCAAACGAACAAGAAGCAAAAAUGAAAAAAUCGUUAAAAGUUAAACUGGAAAUGGCAAAGUUUUUACAAAAAACACUGGAUGAAAUGGCGUUGAAACGCACAGUGGGAAGCAGACGUCAGAGCUAUACUGCUAAGGAAUUUGCAGAGUUUUGCAUCAAAAUUCGUAGCUCAGGACAACAAGCGUCCAAUGAAGAGAUUCUGCGCUUCUCUAAACUUUUCGAAGUUGAAAUAACUCUGGAUUCUUUGUCACGGCCCCAACUACUAGCUCUGUGUCGUGUGCUGGAGAUCUCUACACUGGGACCUAACAGCAUUCUUCGUUUUCUGCUGAGGAUGAGGCUUCGAAGCUUGGCCGCUGACGACAAGGUGAUACAAAAGGAAGGCAUCGACUCUCUGACCGUCAAUGAACUACAAGCAGCUUGUCGAGUUCGCGGCAUGAGAGCAUUAGGAGUUAGCGAGAUCCGUCUCAAGUCUCAAUUGCUUCAAUGGCUUGAUCUGAGUCUGAACGAAAAAGUUCCUCCGUCGUUAAUGCUUCUCUCUCGUGCCCUCUAUCUGCCGGAUAGCGAUACUACCGCUGAUCAGCUAAAGGUAGCAAUCGCCUCGCUUCCGGAGUCUGUAGUCGCGCAAACAUGCGACGCAAUCAGUCAACGUCGUGGUAAGAUCGACAACGAAGUGCGUAUUCUGGCUGUUAAAUUACAAGAAGCUAUGAUCGAAGAAGAGCGCAAAGAAAAUGUCAUCAAACCAUUUCCAGUCACAGCUCUUCUGUCACCAACCUCAGCCUCAGAGUUGCUAGCAGGUUUAGCUCCAGUGAUUCAAGAUAAAGCUAAGGUGUUGACACCAGCUUCAGCUACUGACGACCAAUUGACUUCUGCUGAUGUCGCCGUCUUAGAGAACGCCCUUAAAAGCAUCGGUAUCCAACGCAAACGACUCUUAGUUGAGAAAGAAGAACUAACAGAGCUUAAAGAAGAAAUGGCGGAUUACCAGGAAGACUUAGAGGAAUUGAAAGAUUUUUUUGAUUCUUCUGAUACUCAGCAGGCACCAGGAGGUCAACGUUUUGUUCUUCGUGAAUCCAAAGCAGCCCGACGCCUUUUCCUCACUGUUAGUCGCAUGAUCCAUCAACUUGAUGGCACAGUAGAUCGCUUAGAAGGAAAACGAGAAAAAGUUGCUGGAGUUCAAGAGAUCGUCUCCAUUGAAGAAUUAAUUGCUUCAGUAAGAAAACUGCGAGUCGUUGAAAAUUCGGCUAAUCUCCAACAAAUUGUGCAACUCCUUGGUCAGAUAGACCAAGAUUGUGAUAGUGUCGUGAAAGUUGAUGAUCUCAUGAAGGUGAUUGAGUUGCUGAGUGAUGAAAAAUUCCAGAUUACCCCAAAGCAAAUGACUGAAAUUCUAAAUUUGGUCAAAACAGAACAAAUUCUUGAAUCGGAAGGAAAAGUUGAAAAAAGCUCUUGGUCAGGCCAAAAUAGCAGCAGCUAGGAUGGCGAGUGAACAUCAAACUUAGUGUCCAACUAAGCCUGACGGGAAAAUAAGACAAAAAAAGUCCCCCCUCUUCAUCUUCAACCAAAAAUAAUACAGACAUACUCUCUCUCCCUGCUAUGUACAACUACUUUUUUUAACAACAUCCAGAAUAGAAGAGGACAUUAAUACAUUAUCGAUGGUUGCGCAUCACGUAGCUUAAUUAGUACUA